GCAGAGAGGGAGGGAGAGAGAACAGGGGAGCGCAGUUACCUGGGGAGGAGAGAGAGAGAGCUGUCAGAGGAACUUCUGCAGGCUUAGAACUGCGGACGCUGAUUACGAGGAGCUGACAUCUGAAUCAGAACAUCCUUUUGAAUACACCUGUUGAAUACACCUGUCUCAAUGUUCUACAGGACUAAGAAGACCGUGGCUGGAUCUUCAGGCUGGUUGUGGCAUCACCCCAGUCCCAUCGCACUGAGCCAGGCUGAGGAACACAGGAGUGCCCUGGCAAAGGGACAGUGAUGGAGGUGCCACUGGUUAACUUUGAGAACAUGGAUGAUAUCGGCAUCAACAUGGGCGUCCCCGGUGAUUCGGGGUACCCCACUUCACCCACUUCAGAGGCAGCGCCUGAUCAGAACCCUGUCACCAAUCGUGUGAUGUCACCAAAUCCAUCACAGCACCAUGUGCACCAGACCAGGCCAGAGGGGUUUUCUCCCUCUACAACGCCUAUACUGACUACUAAAGACCCGUCUAGCUGCAACAGUCUGCUGUCCAACUUCAAACUCCUGAUGAACAGUGAAGGCUCGCCGACCGACAGUGUCUUCAGUAAGCUGGUUCAGGAGUGCUGUGAUAACGAAGAAGACCUGUUUGGGGAGAAACUGGGAGUGGAGGAUGGGGAUCCGAAAGUGGUCAUCAAUAUUUCAGGCAUGAUGUUCGAGACACAACUCAAAACUUUAUCGCAGUUCCCAGACUCCCUCCUGGGAGACCCCAUGAAAAGGAUGGAAUACUUUGACCCGAUGAAGAACGAGUACUUUUUCGACCGGAACCGUCCCAGCUUUGAUGGGAUCUUGUACUUCUAUCAGUCUGGGGGCAAAGUCCGAAGACCAGCCAACGUCCCCUUAGAGAUUUUCGCAAGAGAGAUAGUUUUCUAUGAGUUAGGAAGAGAAGCUAUGGAACAGUUCCGGGAAAUUGAGGGGUUCAUAACAGAACCUGAGCCGCUGUUGCCCACCAACGAGGUCCACAAGCAGUUCUGGCUCCUGUUUGAGUAUCCGGAGAGUUCCAGUGCAGCUAGGUCAGUGGCCCUGGUGUCUGUCUUCGUUAUUGUCAUCUCUAUCUUCAUUUUCUGCCUGGAGACUCUGCCAGAGUUCCGUGACGACGUAGACUUUAUCACCACCUUUUCCCUGGGGGUCAAUGGAACCCAGGAGGGUCCUCCUAUAGUCCAAAAAGACUUAUUCGCCUAUUUCACAGACCCCUUUUUCAUUGUGGAAACCAUCUGCAUAAUUUGGUUCUGCUUUGAGCUUGGCGUACGCUUUGUGGUCUGCCCCAGCAAAAGUGACUUCUUCCACAACAUUAUGAACACCAUUGACAUUGUCUCUAUAAUACCCUAUUUCGUAACCAUGGCUACAGAGCUGUACACCACGCCAGAUGAAGACAUCAACUCCAGCCAAAACAUGUCACUGGCCAUCUUACGCAUCAUCCGUCUAGUGCGAGUCUUCCGGAUCUUUAAGCUGUCGCGACACUCCAAGGGACUGCAGAUCCUGGGCCAGACCCUGAAGGCUAGUAUGAGGGAGCUGGGUCUGUUGAUCUUCUUCCUCUUUAUUGGAGUCAUACUGUUCUCCAGUGCCAUCUACUUUGCUGAGGUGGACGAGCCCCACACACAGUUUGUCAGUAUCCCUGACGGGUUCUGGUGGGCUGUGGUGACAAUGACCACUGUGGGAUACGGGGACAUGUGCCCUACUACUUUGGGAGGCAAAAUGGUGGGGACUCUCUGUGCCAUUUCCGGCGUGUUGACCAUUGCCUUACCCGUCCCUGUUAUCGUCUCCAACUUUAACUAUUUCUACCACCGGGAGACAGAGCAAGCAGAGAAACAAGUGAUUGACGAUGCAGCAGAAGCAGCUCAGAAAAUAACCGACGCAAAUAAGUAUGAGUAUGGUAGCACACCCUCUCUUAACAUUAACACAAUCAAUGGUAGCUUGCAGAAUGACAAGAAUGGUAUGUAAUGGGUUUAUCAUUUAAGGGAUUAUAACCAAGGACAUGACAAACAUGUAACAUAUACCAAAAUGCACUGAUAUUAUUUUUGUCUCAGUAUUUUAUACUCUAAUCAUUGCAGUGUUGGUCCACGUAGUAGGCUAUACUAUACAUCUCUUUCACAAUAUUCAAAAUAAGGAAGUAAUAUUGGUUAUCAGCCUGACUGAUCAGCAUGUGGAUGUGUCAAAGUGUAAUUAAGAUCAAAUGAACACAGUUACAGCAUAUUACAUUUACAGUUGGCUCUGGACAGACCUUGUGCACGUAGUGUGAUUAUAAGCACUUAAAUCCUAAGCAGAUGUAUUUGGCAACUUGUUUCCUUUCAAAUCAUCUUAUAAAUAAUACAAAUAUUAAUUACACUUUGAACUGCAUUACUGUACAUUGUCAAAGACUGAAGUAUGAAAAACACCCUUGGAUCCGAGCUCAUGUUAAAACUCAUUUUCAUGGUGUGCUUUGCGACAUUCAUCAGCCUGCCAUAUUCAGCAGUCUCUAUAUAGAUCUUGGCAUGAUCUCCAAGGACUGUCUGGAAGAGCACUUCUGGAAGGUGACAUGGGUACACCAUUGAGUGCACAAUAUGCUGUCAGAAAAUCCAUCAGUUGUGGACACCGCAGUAGUUUUAUCACACCAUCUAUCUAAUAAUGCAGUCGUUUUAUCACACCAUCUAUCUAAUAAUGCAGUCGUUUUAUCACACCAUCUAUCUAAUAAUGCAGUCGUUUUAUCACACAAUCUAUCUAAUAAUGCAGUCAUUUUAUCACGCUUUCUAUCUAAUAAUGCAGUCAUUUUAUCACACCAUCUAUCUAAUAAUGCAGUCAUUUUAUCACACCAUCUAUCUAAUAAUGCAGUAAUUUUAUCACACCAUCUAUCUAAUAAUGCAGUUAUUUAUCACACCAUCUAUCUAAUAAUGCAGUCGUUUUAUCACACCAUCUAUCUAAUAAUGCAGUCGUUUUAUCACACCAUCUAUCUAAUAAUGCAGUUAUUUAUCACACCAUCUAUCUAAUAAUGCAGUAAUUUUAUCACACCAUCUAUCUAAUAAUGCAGUCGUUUUAUCACAUCAUCUAUCUAAUAAUGCAGUCGUUUUAUCACGCUUUCUAUCUAAUAAUGCAGUCGUUUUAUCACACCAUCUAUCUAAUAAUGCAGUCGUUUUAUCACACCAUCUAUCUAAUAAUGCAGUCGUUUUAUCCCACCAUCUAUCUAAUAAUGCAGUCGUUUUAUCACACCAUCUAUCCAAUACUAACUACCUAGUUUAGCAGGUUAGCUACGUUGCUUAUGACUUCAAUCUGUAUGCCUUACAGUACUGUAGUAAAAAAAUAACUAAAUCAUGGCAUGUUAUGAUAUCAGGUCAAAAUGUCAUAAUAUUUAGACCAAACCCUAACCCUAACCUAUAUACACCUUCAUCUUAACCUUUCUAUGUAUUUCAGUAAAAUAAUCCCAUCAAACUGUUACUUGUAUGCAAAAAAAAAGGAACAGUAGUUGCAUGUUAAGCUCACACAACGUAUUACAUCAUAUGAACAUGUGUUGAUUCGCGCAAUAGCAUCAAGAACACGCUUAUUGAUAGAAAGCAAUCAAAAGAGGUAAGGGCAAAGUGGCACACCUCUUUGUACCGUUAUUGAUUGAAGCGUUAUUCCAACAUUUAGCUGUCGGUGGCCUUGCAUGGUAUACAGUAGUGUGCCGAAACAAUGAAACACUGGUAUCAUGUAUCAAUACAUGUAGGGCAGAUACUUCUAGUGACUCUCACAUUUCUCUCGUACUGUAGUUCUUUUAAUUCCUUUCCAUGUAUUUGAUAUGGACAUAACUCAAUUGGAUUUAGGAAUUUUUUGAUAAACGUUUAGUUAAUGCCAUCAAUGAAUUAACAAAUGAACUAUUACAUUAACACACUUUAGGUAUAGUUUAUACUAUGAUAUGUAUUUAUAAAUAAACCCAUAUGCAUGCUACACUUCAAAUAUGAACAUUUAUAUUAUCAGCGGUUAUACAAACAAUGACCAUGCAGAAAUGGCAUUGGAUAUAUUGAGUUGCUCAACACUGCAAUGAACUGUUUCUUGAAAGAGUUCCCACAUAUGCUGAGCACUUGUUGGCUGCUUUUCCUUCACUCUGCGGUCCAACUCAUCCCAAACCAUCUCAACUGGGUUGAGGUCGGGUGAUUGUGGAGGCCAGGUCAUCUGAUGCAGCAAUCCAUCACUGUUCUUCUUGGUCAAAUAGCCCUUACAAAGCCUGGAGGUGUGUUGUGUCAUUGUCCUGUUGAAAAACAAAUGAUAGUCCCACUAAGCGCAAAUCAGAUGGGAUGGCGUAUCAAUGCAGAAUGCUGUGGUAGCAAUGCAGGUUAAGUGUGCCUUGCAAAGCACUCCCACACAAUCACACCUCCUCCUCUAUGCUUCAUGUGGGUACCACACAUUUGGAGAUCAUUCAGUCACUUACUCUGUGUCUCACAAAGACACGGUGGUUGGAACCAAAAAUCUCAAAUUUGGACUCAUAGACCAAAGGACAGAUUUCCACAGGUCUAAUGUCCAUUGCUUAUGUUUCUUGGCCCAAGCAAGUCUCUUAUUAUUUUUGGUGUCCAUUAGUACUGGUUUAUUUCAAGCAAUUCGGCCAUGAAGGCCUGAUGCACACAGUCUCAUCUGAAGAGUUGAUGUUGAGAUGUGAAGAAAUACAUUUCACAAAUUAACUUUAAAGAAGGCACACAUGUUUAUUUAAAUGCAUUCCAGGUGACUACCUCAUGAAGCUGGUUGAGAGAAUGCCAAGAGUGUGCAAAGCUGUCAUCAAGGCAAAAGGUGACUACUUUGAAGAAUUUGUUUAACACUUUUUUGGUUACUACAUGAUUCCAUAUGUGUUAUUUCAUAGUUUUGAUGUCUUCGCUCUUAUUCUACAAUGUAAAACCAUUGAAUGAAUAGGUGUGUCAAAACUUUGAUUACGAAAACAGCAAUACUUGCCUUCCUGAAACAAGUUGGCAAUAAUAUUGAUGACUCCGAGGAGGCCGGUGGGAGGCGAUAUAGGAGGCUGGGCUCAUUGUAAUGGCUGGAAUGGAAUAAGUGGAACGGUAUCAAAUAUAUGGAAUCCACAUGUUUGAUACCGUUUCAUAUAUUCCAUUCCAGCUAUUACAAUGAGUUCUUCCUCCUAUAGGUCCUCCCACCAGUCUCCACUGUGAUGAUUAUGAUAUCAGUCAGUUGAUGUGUAUUAUAAACUGGGUGGUUCGAGCCUUGAAUGCUGAUUGGCUGGCUGCCGUGGUAUAUUGGGUUUUAUAAACUGGGUGGUCCGAGACCUGAAUGCUGAUUGGCUGACAGCCGUGGUAUAUCAGACCGUAUACCACAGGUGACAAAACAUGUAUUUUUACUGCUCUAAUUACAUUGGUAACCAGUUUAUAAUAGCAUUAAGGUUUCUCGGGGGUUUGUGAUAUAUGGCCAAUAUAACACGGCUAAGGGCUGUGUCCAGGCAGUCCGCGUAAGAACAGUCCUUAGUCGUGGUAUAUUGGCCAUAGACCACACCCCCUCGGGCCUCAUUGGUUAAUAAAGCACUUUACAAAAGUAUGCACAACACUUAUUCUCUAGAGAUUGAUUAUGUACAAGUAAUCAAAUCAAAUCAAAUGUUAUUGGUCACAUACAAAUAUUUACCAGACGGUAUUGCGGGUGUAACGAAAUGCUUGUGUUCCUAGUUCCAACAGUGCAGUAAUAUCUAACAAUUCACAGCAAUACACACAAAUCUAAAAGUAAAAUAAUGGAAUGAGUAGUGUGCAAUAUACAGUACAUUUAAUGACAUAUGUUCUAAGUUGUAUUUAUGGUUUAAUGAGUGCCUUUAAUUAAACAUCUACCCUACUUCCCUA